CCCUCUGUUGGUGUUCUCCUACCGGGGCCGGGUUGGCUUGUGCUGCAGCUCCGUGCCGGCCCUUUAUUCUCAAUGAGAGCAAGGACAGCAUGGAGGGAAUGAAACCUCAACACAGCUGAAACACAGACCUGGACCUGUCAAGCUGUGUCUCGUGGACGACUGACUGACCCGAACUGAGAGAGAAGUGGUGAUAAAUAGAGAGAGAAGCCAUGGGACCCGGAAUGUGGAGCUUGUUUACUCUCUUUGGUUUGUCCCUCUGGAGCAACAGUGAAGCCUUCACCAAGAACCCCAUCCUCUCUCGGACUCGAAGAGCUCCGGAGGCAAAUGGAGAAAAUAAAAGGUGCUCCUACACCUUCCUGGUUCCUGAGCAGAAGAUCACGGGCCCCAUCUGCGCGGCUCGAGGUCCCGUCCCUGACAAAGACAGAGUGACGCGCCUUGACGUGGCUGCGGUGCGGGAUCUUCUGUCCAGGCAAAGACGGGAGAUGGAGACGCUGAAGUUGGUAGUGGAUGUGGACGGCAACCUGGUGAAUGAGAUGAAGCUGCUGAGGAAAGAGAGCAGGAACAUGAAUUCCAGGGUGACCCAGCUCUACAUGCAACUGCUGCACGAAAUCAUCAGGAAGAGGGACAACUCACUGGAGCUGGCUCAGUUGGAGACACGCAUCCUUAAUGCCACCGCUGAGUCACUGCGCCUGUCCUCCCGCUACAAGGACCUGGAGGCCAAAUACGCUGCCCUAUCAGCAAUAGUCAACAACCAGUCAGUGGUCAUUGGAGCUCUGGAAGAAACUUGUAUGAAGAUGCACGAUCGCAGACAAGAGCCGCCGCCGCUGGGCCCUCCCAUGGUGCAGGUGGUGCCCGAAAAUAUUCCCGUCAAUGUGCCACGUUUCACCAAUGAGAUCCGGGGAGAUAACAGUGGGGGGUUUGUCCGUGAAAGGGGCUCUCGGUCUGGACCGUCACCCACAAGUGGCACGAUGGAAGUCCAGAAACCUCCUCAGACAAACUUUAGUGCUGAAGGUCCAUUCAGAGACUGUCUGGAGGCUCAAGAGGCCGGCCACAUCGCCAGCGGGAUGUACCUGAUCAAACCGGACGAGACCGAGAGGUCCCUGCAGGUUUGGUGUGAGCAGGACAUGGACAACGGAGGCUGGACUGUCAUCCAGAUGAGGAAAGACGGCUCGGUUAACUUCUUCAGGAACUGGGAAAAUUACAAGAGCGGUUUUGGGAACAUCGACGGGGAGUAUUGGCUCGGUCUGGAAGGCAUCUACAAGCUGGGGCGUCAGGGUGACUACAAGCUACAGGUGGAGUUGGAGGACUGGAUGGGGAAGAAGGUCUACGCUCAGUACAGCAGUUUCCACCUGGAGCCCGAGAGUGAGGGCUACCGACUGAGAUUGGGCACGUAUCGGGGCAACGCUGGCGACUCCCUCAGCAGCCACAAUGGCAAACAGUUCACUACUCUGGAUCGGGACAAGGACGCCUUCUCAGGUAACUGUGCCCAUUUCCACAAAGGAGGCUGGUGGUACAACGCUUGCGGCCAAGCCAAUCUUAACGGCGUGUGGUACAGCGGAGGCGUCUACAGAAGCAAAUUCCAGGAUGGGAUCUUCUGGGCUGACUAUGGCGGAGGUUUUUAUUCCAUGAAGUCGGUCCGUCUGAUGAUUCGGCCCAUUGACGCUUGAGACACUGGACUGUGCUGGUCCACGCAGUGUGGACUUGAACCUCAUUUUUAAAGAAGCGUGAUGUCAAAUAUUGUCAUUGAUAGGAAGAAGGUGAAAUCCCUCCUAUUAAUAGACUGGACUGCUCUGUUCAUACGUAUGUAUGUACAUGCAUAUUAUGAUUACAUAAAUACAUAAAUAGGGAGGUUUGGGGUCAUAUUUAUAAGACCUACCGUUCCUUUCACCAGUAAUAUAUACGCUCUGAUCAAAAAUUUUAAGACCGGUUAAAAAAUUGCAAGAAUUUACACUUUGCACUGUUGGAAUUUAAAAAGGUUCUAACAUGGGAGUGAAACGAAAAAAAAUAGAGUAAGCAAACAAGCAUUGAAGUGAAAUAAUUUGUUCAUCAGCUGAUCAAAAGUUCAAGACCACAGCCUUUCCUUCGGAUUUAUGAGCUGCGUUGGACGCAAGUUAUUUGAAACUUCUUCAAAAAUCCUGACGGUUACGGAACAAAAAAGAUCAAACAAUUCCACCGACUGAUCCAAUUGGCUGGCCGUCUCGAGACACGGGAAUAAAGGUUGCUACCGGUUCUGAGUUCAGUCCAAUAACCAUCACAUGUCAACUGCGAGAGAAGCGCCAUAAUAAUACUUCAAUGGAACAAUAGAGGCGGCACGGAGGACGAGUGGUUAGCGUGCAGACCUCACAGCUAGGAGACCAGGGUUCAAUUCCACCCUCGGCCAUCUCUGUGUGGAGUUUGCAUGUUCUCCCCGUGCAUGCGUGGGUUUUCUCCGGGUACUCCGGUUUCCUCCCACAUUCCAAAAACAUGCUAGGUAUGAAUGUGAGUGCGAAUGGUUGUUUGUCUAUAUGUGCCCUGUGAUUGGCUGGCGACCAGUCCAGGGUGUACCCCGCCUCUCGCCCGAAGACAGCUGGGAUAGGCUCAAGCACCCCCCCCGUGAAUGAAUGAAUGAAUGGAACAAUGGAGCUUCAGAUUGUGCAGGGGCGUCAAAUGGCAGGUGGAUAUCCCUCAUGACUGAAGGCCCUUGUCUUUGUAGUAAUGGAGUUCUAAACAGUGCUGCAGUUGCCUUCAAUGCCUUCUGGAAAAAGCACUUCUUCCAUAGGAAUAAGCUCAUACUUUUGGACUAUCCUGAGCCGUUCGCUUGAUCUAAACCCAAUUGAGAAUAUUUGUUAAUUCCUGAAUCAUUUUUUCAACAUUGUAUUCUUUUUUUUGUUGUUGUUGUUGUUUUUUGUAGCGAUGGUCUCAACGUUUGAUCAGCUGAUGAACACUUAACUUCACUUUAAUGCUUGUUUGCAAUAAAUUACUUACUGAAAAAUGUUCUUGUCUCACUCCCAUUUCUUCUUUACGCUUCUUUUGAAGCUCUACAUACCUCAACUUCGCUUAAAUAUGUUCUACGUUGUUCAGAAAGUGAACGGUAAAUUGGCAAAAAAAUGGACAGUAACACCUCUCAGCUAUACAAAUGGUUUUAGUGAUUUCAAGUGAUUUUUAGCAAAAAAUUGAGCGAUGUGUCAAUAGUUUUCGUGGAGUAAAAGCAUUUUGAGAUGAAAUAGAGAACUUGCAGAACAUGGACUUAAGUCUUAUGAUAUGGAGAUGAAGAUUAGUCGCCUUCAAAACACAGAAUGGUCAAUGUAAAUUACUCUGGAGUUGCUUAUCCUUCAAUUAUUGUUUUAAAUUGUCUUAUUAAUGGCUAUAAAGGGGUCGCUGUGUUAUUACCGUAUUUUGCAGCCUUGUCGCUAUGGUAAAAUAGGGUUUAGUGUUUAGCUGGUACUAUUCCGCCGGCGGAAUAGCAUUCUUUAUCAAAAUGUGUUUAUACAGUACUUUCAAGACAAAUUCUACUUGUAAUGGUGUUUAUUCAAAGUAGUCAUCAGUGAAAGGUGGGCGUUCAUCUGUCUUUGUCUAUUGUUGUCUUAAAUCUUACUGUUUUAGAAAACAAUACAAACUUACAGUAUCACUCGGAUAUUAUGAACAUCCAGCAGCAACACGACAUUUUGGCAUGACUACUAUUUUGAUGAAAAAUAUUACAGAAUGAACUCAACAAAUUUACUGUUUGCUUUGAAAAAUUUUAGAAUAGAAUUACAACAUACGGCACGGUGUGCGAGUGGUUAGCGCGCAGACCUCACAGCUAGGAGACCAGGGUUCAAUUCCACCCUCGGCCAUCUCUGUGUGGAGUUUGUACGUAUGUUCUCCCCGUGCAUGCGUGGGUUUUCUCUGGGUACUCCGGUUUCCUCCCACAUUCCAAAAAAAUGCUAGGUUAAUUGGCGACUCCAAAUUGUCCAUAGGUAUGAAUGUGAGUGUGAAUGGUUGUUUGUCUAUAUGUGCCCUGUGAUUGGCUGGCCACCAGUCCAGGGUGUACCCCGCCUCUCGCCCAAAGACAGCUGGGAUAGGCUCCAGCACCCCCCGCGACCCUCAUGAGGAAAAAGCGGUAGAAAAUAAAUGAA